AUGUCACAAGCAUCAUCUGACCUUCAUCGCAAGCGUCAGCGGUCUCCGACUCCUUCAAGAAGCAAUCACGCACGCGACAUCGAUCAACUUCACCCUGCUGUUGAAGAGCUUAUCGCGCAGGCGGAUACCAAUAAUGAAGACACAGAUGAGAGGGACUCUGACAGCAACAACGACGAUCAGACAAAGGACGAGGAGGUUGAAGAUGACGUUGGUAACAGGAGAGAGACUGCAAGGGAGGGAACGAGCGACGGGACAGUUCGUCGUACACCGCAGCCUCGAGCAACUACAUUCAACGGUUUCAAGGACCCUGCUCAUGAGUUUUUGCUACUAAAGGCUUUGGAUGCGGUCAGGCCGUUCGGUAUCCAACACGGAUAA